GUUAUAGUACGGAAAAGUUAUGCCGAAAAACUUCGCGUCCGUGUAAAUGACGAGUGAAAAAUAAUUCAAAUGACUUUAAAAUAGUCAAUUUUCAUUUUAAAAGUAGUAAAAUACUUUGCCAGUGAGAUAGUUUAGUUCAUAUCCAUACAAUAGUCUGGUUUAAUAAGGAAUUACGUAAGAAAAUUUGCAUUAUAAUUUGGUGUCGAACUGAAGGUUUCAUGUUUCCUUGAUUCAAGCGAAAAGUGUUGCAAACAUGGAGGACUACUAAAAAUAGGUGAUAAAAAGCGUGCAAUAUUAACAAACUAUGGAUGUUUCUAUCAAAAUAGUGUAUAUUAGAUGCGGUGUAAUCUGAUUGUCGAAUUCACAUUGGUGUUCCAACCAAACUGCUGUUAUUAACACUGGUUUGAGACUAAGGUCUCAGAGCAGACCACGAUGUCGGUGCAUUACAAAUUUAAGAGCGCGCUGGAUUUCGAUACCAUCAGCUUCGAUGGAUUGCACAUUUCGGUGGCAGACCUCAAAAAGGCAAUCAUCCACCAAAAGCGGCUUGGGAAGACGAUGGAUUUUGAUUUGCAGAUCACUAAUGCCCAAACAAAAGAAGAAUAUGGCGAUGACACUGUGUUGAUACCGAAGAAUACUUCACUAACCAUUGCGAGGGUGCCGUUGAAAAAUGCACCUAAGAAAAAUUGGGAACCGAAGGGGGACAAUAACAUUCAAUCGGUACCGGUGAGCAGAAAGGGGCACGAUAGUGCUGCCGCAGUGCAGUCUAAUGUCGAUUUGUCCACGAUGAACGGAACGGAGGAGGACAAGAUUCGGGAAAUGAUAUUUCAAAGCACAGCAGAUUAUGAUCCUACCAAUUAUCAAAAGAUUCGCGGUGCAUCCCAGACUGGCGAAGUUCCAGUCAACUACAAGUGCUUUCGCUGUCACAAGCCUGGUCAUUGGAUUAAAAACUGUCCGCUUGGCCCAUUGCCGAAAGAAGCGAUGGAUGUAAAGCGAACCUCCGGUAUUCCGCGAUCGUUCAUUGAACGCGACAAGGAUCCAGAAAACAACCCAAUAAUUCAGUUGCCUCAGGCGCUCCCAGAACAGAAGCAAGUUAUACCGGAAGAUUUGAUCUGCGGUAUCUGUAAAGAUCUGUUCACCGAUGCGGUUAUGAUACCGUGCUGCGGCAGUUCGUUCUGUGACGAGUGUGUCCGAACAGCCCUGCUAGAGUCGGAAGAUAACGAGUGUCCGGAUUGUAACGAGAAAGGCUCCUCACCGGGAUCGUUAAUACCGAAUCGAUUUCUGCGUAAUUCAGUAAAUGCAUUCAGAAAUGAAACUGGAUACACAAAAACUGUUCGGAAAACAGCUUCCAAUAAACAGACCAAACCGGUUGAAGAGCCACCAGCUGCUUCAGCUGAAGUUGCCGUCAGCUCCACUACCAAUGUUAGUUCUAAUAUAGCUGAAAAUGACGCCGAUCACCUUCAUACCGAAGACAACAAGGAGAACAAAGCUGAAACAAUCGAUAACUUACAUGAAAGUUAUGAAGAAGUAUCUCAGCAUGGAGAUGUCGGCUCUCCAAGCGGCGACGAUAAAGUUUUUGACAACGAGUCAGACUAUGAAGAUAACAUAACAGUCACUGUUCCGCCAGCGCAUCUGCAAAUCCGUGCAUUUCAAGACCAUUAUAAUGGGCGUCCGCCAUUUCAUCAUCGCCACGAAACUCCGCAUAUCGGUCACGAGCAUUCGUCGCAUUACAACAGCGGCAAUAACAGCAGUGGUGGUAGUCGCAGUAAUAAAGAUGCUAUUCCUGAAGAAGGUGGCUCUCGUACACCAAAAAUGGAUGAUAAAGAAAACAGUUAUAACGUUGCCCCACCAUCCAAAACGAAGCACGAGUACGACCGUUCUCCCGACUACCACCAGCCGAGUGGCCGAGGUCUAAUUCCAUUACCACCCCAUAGUCAUCAUCCGCAUCAACAGCAGAUAGGAGCAGUUCCAACUCACCAGAACUACAUGCCACAACCACAUCAAGGACAUCCUUAUCCAGGUCCGCCACAUGGCGGACCCCAUCCGUAUCCAGUAGGAUACGGAAUGCAACCUGGGUAUCCUCCACCACGUCCGUAUGACCACCAUGGCGGUGCUGGAAUGUAUCACGGUGAGCGCCCCAGAAUGAUGUAUCCUCCUCGUGGAGGGUAUGCACCCCAUCCACCACAUAUGAGACCACGACAUAUGGCACCAAUGGCACCGGGAGGAUAUCCUGCAGCACCUAAUAUUGGACCAGGCGUCAUCGAUGAUCCGUUGGAGGCAUUCAAUCGUAUUAUGCGCGAAAAGGAGCGACGUAAGGAACAGGAAGCCAAACAGCAAGCAAAUCGACAUCGAUCACCACACGCUGAACGUAACCGUCGAUCGCGUUCUUUCGAAAAUGCGAACAUCAAUCGACGAGGACGUUCAGCAGAACGCGAACGACGCAGGUCACCAAGAGCACGGUCACCGGAUAGGCGGCGAUCGCCGGAUGAAAAACGCGUCGAUGAGCGUGACCGAGAUCGUGAGCGGGACAGAGACAGGGAGCGCGACCGUGAUCGCGAUCGUAGUGGAAGGCGCCGAAAUCGGUCCAGUUCAUACAGCUCCAGUGGGUCCAGAUCAAAAUCGAGAUCUCCAGCAAAACGAGGUAAAUCACCGAAAAAACGCUCAGGUAGCCCGUACAGAGAGCGUCGGUCGAGAAGUCGGUCCAAGUCAUUCGAAGAAAGAAGACAUGGUAAAUACGGUAAAGAGCGACGUGAAGAACGUCGAGAAGAGCAUCGUGGUGAAUAUCGUGACAAUAGAGACAGAUCUCCAGGCUAUAAUGCUCAUUUUGGCUAUCGUGGUCGCGGAGGCAACUUCCGAGGUGGUUUCCGCGGUCGCGGCGGUGCCCGUGACGGUGGCUAUCAACAGCACUUUUCCCGGGGCUAUGAUCGUGGUGGUCACCCGCACCCGCAAGGACCACCGGUGCAGGUACCCCAACAUGAACAGUACGGCCAUCCAAUGGGACCCGGACCAAAUGAUUAUCACCACCAUGAUCCUACACAUCACCAUGGUGUUCCACCGGGUGUUAUGCCUGGUGGUAUACCACAUGGAGCCCCUCCGGUAGGACAUUAUGCGGCGCCACCUCAGCAGACGAUGCCGCCGAAUGCAGUGGCCCCUAACAGAUAUCCGCCUCGUGAGGUUCCACGUGGACCUUAUAUGAGCCAUCCGGUCAAGGCAGAUCCAAUGACUUACUACGAACCUGCUCCGCCACCGGCUCCAGUCCAGCAACCAGCCCCGGUUCAUACGGAACCUCCACCCCCAGGUUUCGAUGAGCAGGAUAGUUGGUCUGGUAAACAAGAAACAGAGUACCGUGCGCCGGCGGCAGCUGCACCGCCGAAACCUACAGAUGAUGUUCCAUACGACUACCAUAAUACACCGAAAAGUCAUGAGAAUGAUCGUGCACUUACUCCUGUUAUUCACGAUGAUCGCCACGAACAUAUGACACGGUCUGUUUCUAAAGAGAAGGAACACAAGAAACGAAACCGAGAUGAUUCCGAUGAUCACUAUCGCCGAGAAGAUAAAAAGAUCCUAACCAAAACUCCGGAUCGGCAUGAGAAAGAAAAAUCUUCCAAACUAAAUCAAUACAAUGACAGAGAAAAAGAAAAAGAAAAGAAGAAGGCCGAAUCGAUGAAGGAAAAGCGCUUACUUGAAAAAGAGCGCGAGAAAGAUAAAGAAAAAGAACGCGAGAAGGAACAAAAACGUAAACAGAGAGAUUCAAGUGAGGAAGAUAAGAAGGAGAAGAAAAAAGAUAAGGAUAAAAAGAAAAAGAAGAAAGAUAAAGAUUCUGAGAAGAAAAAGCAUAAGAAAGAACGCAAAGAGAGAGAAAAACGAGCAAAAGAAAGUAAAAAGGAGAAAAGAACGGUCGAAAUGGAAGAAGCGGACAGCUCGCAACAACCUACCACUCCUAAACAUGCUCCUAGAAAGAUCAUUGAACAGGAUAACUCACUCGAAAACAUAAAUUCAGAGGUUGACACUACACAGGAAUAUGGUGUUCUUGGCUUCGAUGAAACACUUGUGAUGCCGGAUUUGCAUCAUUUGCAUGAGCUCAGUAAGAAACUGAUGCGUGAUGUUCACUCAUAUCCCGAAGAGCCGUCCAGCAGUCAUGAUCAGGAGGAAGAACAAUACCAACAAGUGGACACAAGUCACGAACAUAGUGAUCUUUACUCUGAUAUACCGGAGAAAUAUGAAGGUGAUCAAUUGGAGAAAUCCGUGCUGGAUGACCCCGCUCCUGAUGAAGACGUGCAUCUGGUCAACAGUAGCGGUGUUGAAACUGAUGACCAUAUGCCGGAGGAUAUCAAACGGUCCGACUCCAUACUGGAUCUUCACGCCAAUUUAGAUUUUGAAGCUGAACUUGAGGAAGGCGAAACCACUUCUCCACCUAAGUCAAAUAUGUUCAUCGGAAUUCCGGAGCUCUCAAAAUGGGAAUUGGACGAAGAUGCUCCAGUGAUUUCCAGUACUGAACGGAAACUAUCGGUGGAUGAGCAUACCGCUAACCCAAAAUCGGACGAAUCGUCGACUAAAGUUACUAAUGAGGUAUUGAAGCGAGCUGAAAAUGCCAUUUUCACACGAGCAAUUAACGCUAUACGACCGAUUGAAAUUAAGAAAAUCAGCCUCGAUCGGCAGAAACUGUACUCAAACGAACCAGUGGAUGUCGAUUGUCCGCCUUUGGAUGCUAAGGCGGAAAAGCAGCAUGACGAAUUCAAACGAUUCCAGGUUACCGUUCCCGCGAACGAUGACAACGCAGAACGUUCGGUGGAAAUUAAACCAGAUAUAAGCAAAAUCGAGGGUCGCCUUUCACCGGUGCGUACUUCGAUCAAAGAAAGGUUAGGAAGUAAAGUUCCCGAAGUUCUGGAUAGCAGCUCCAGCACGUAUUCCCACUCACGAACGCCGCCUCCAGUACGGAAGACUAAGGCAACAACCUCCACUCCGGCGACGCUGGAACUUCCAAAGAAGCGAUCUCGCAGCAAAUCUGCGGAACGCGAGGCUGGCAGUCGGAAGGCAAGAAGUGAACGGGAAGAUCGUCGUCGUGAUGAGAUUCGAAUUAGUAGCAAGCGACAGGAAGGCGGCAGAAGGGUUGUGCUCGCUAUUCGAGAACCGAGUCUAGAAAAACGUAAGGAACAUGACAGGAGGGAGAGAUCCGAAAGAGAAGGUGGAAAGAACCGGGAACGUGCUGGAAAAGAUUUACUCGACAGAAGUCGAGACAGAGUUAUUCAGCGAAGCACUGAACGUAAUCGCGAAAAGCGACGAGAGAAGUCUAGUUCUCCGAUUAGGCGAGAACGAGAACGAGAGCGCGAAAGGGAGAGAGAAAGGGAACGUGAACGCGAGCUUGGGCGAGAAAGAGAACGAGAGCGAGAUCGCGAGAAGAUUAGACGAAGAGAUCAAAAGGAAAGUGAGGAUAGACUACGAAAGAUUGAAGGCCGAUCAAGAAAAAGUCCAGAGAAACCUGGCAGUCAUGGUAUAAGUCAUAAGGAAGAUAAAAAAGCGCAUGAUCGGAAACGCUCUGAUCUGGAUUCCGAACGCCGCCAUUUUGAAGGUCCACACGCAGAAAAAGAUAGUCGCGAUGAGUCAUUCACCCGCAAGGAUGAUCAUCGUAAGCGAGGUGGCAAUGAGGCUGUGGAAGCUACGAUCAAACAACUCAAACCUGAUAAGAUUCCAAAGGGGUCUCGAGGGGCAGUCAGCUCAAGCGAUUCCAGUAGCUCUGAUUCUGAUUCCUCCUCGUCAGACUCUAGCAGCGAUUCGGAUGAAGGCACAGCAAAGAAGCGCAAGAAGCGAAAGCACAAAAAAGAACGUAAACGUGCCAAGCGGUCUGCCUCAACCGAGUCGGACGAUUCUUCUAGUAAGAAAAAAAAGAAAAGCAAAAAGUCCAAAUCUAGCAAGAAGAAAAAGAAGGAAAAGAAACACCGCAAGGAAUGAAAUUGACGUCUACUGCAGCUACAACUAGUAAGAACAGUAUUGGAAAAAAUGACUAAAAUCGAAUAGUUCGGAGUUAUAAAUUUCGGGCAAAUUUGUACAGGUACGCUCGAAAGCGGUCCUAGGAUUCUCUUAGCAUCACUGAAGGCUAGUUUUCAAUCUGCUGCGUUGAUUAUUAUUAUUAUUAUCUACAAGCAAACAUACUAUGAACUAAAUUAAGAAGUUGAAUUUGUGGCUUGUAAAUGAUAAUUACGUUUAAUAUGGUAAAAAAGAAAUAUAAAACGAGAACUGAA